GAAUACUGCUACCGAGUGAAUCAAUCGGAACCUAUUCAUACACAUCCUGUGAACGAGACGAUAUGGCGAAUGUAUGCUGAAAACCGGCGCGUGAAAGACCCAGUCGUCUUGUCAAUGGUUCAACAGCUAUUAAAAGCUAAAUCGCCAUUUAAACAGAUUUAUCAGUACGCCCUCAAGUCCUCAGGCAAGGACGUGAUCCGGCAAGAUGUGCGCAACAUGAUAAACGAGAUUACAAAAGAGUACAAGGCAGACGCUGUUGAAGUUCGAGUUGCCCGUAUCUUGAAUGACUUCAGGGAGAGCGAUGCGGGCAAUACAUCCCAGCUUUUCGUGGAU